GUUGCGCAGAAAAUGUCCCGAUCUCUGCGCGAAGAAGACAACGUGGGAAGGGCACGUCUGUUUCUCGUCAUUCCUCCUGCUUGCUGUCGCCGAGAGAGAAGGAAGAGAGCAAACACCAUGCAAUAACCGUGCCGAAUCAGAGCCGAGGACGAAUCCGCUCCGUUAUAAAUCAUCUCUCCGUUUGUGCGUCGAUCCUCAAGCACGUUGAGGAGCAGUUUUUGGUUGCUUUCUUCUUCUUUUGCGGUUCCGCUGCUUCGCGUGCGAGAAGGGAGGAGUACUGGAACAGAGAGGAAGAUGUUUCGAUUGAGCAAUAAUCUCAUCGGGGUGCUCAACUUCGUCACCUUCCUGCUCUCGCUGCCCAUCCUGGGCGGCGGGAUAUGGUUAGCCACCCGCGGCGGCGUGACCGACUGCGAAAAGUUCUUGCAGACCCCUCUGAUUUUGAUCGGCGUCUUCUUCAUGCUCGUCUCCCUCGCCGGCCUUGUCGGCGCCUGCUGCCGCAACUCUCUCCUUCUCUCGAUUUACCUAUCCGUCAUGUUCAUCCUCAUCGUCGUCCUCACCGUCUUCACAGUCUUCGCCUUCGUCGUCACCAACAAGGGCGCCGGCGAGGUCACCUCUAACCGGGGGUAUAAGGAGUACCGCCUCGGCGAUUACUCCCACUGGCUGCAGAAGCGGGUGGAGAACUCGAAGAACUGGGCUAGGAUCCGCGCUUGCCUGUCCGAAGCUAAGGUCUGCCAGAGCCUGCGAGAGAGUAACCAGACCUUCAACCAGUUUAUUAGUGACAAUCUUUCGCCCAUCGAGGUACCAUCCACCCCAAAUGCCAUUUCUAUGUCAAUUCCGGAUGCUGCAAACCCCCCUCUGAAUGCAACUUCGAUUACCAAAACGCAACUCUCUGGACUGCACCAGCGACGGACACCAAUUCAAGCAACCCCGACUGCAGUACCUGGAGCAACAACCAGUCGAUUCUCUGCUACGACUGCCGAUCUUGCAAAGCCGGCGUCAUCGCCAACGCAAAGGACAAGUGGAAGAAGAUUGCCAUCCUCAACAUCAUCAUCCUUAUCUUCCUCAUAAUUGUCUACUCUGUUGGCUGCUGUGCAUUCCGAAACAACAGACGGGACAACGACGGCCCAGUCGAGUGGAAAGGAGGAUAUGCCUAAAUCCUACUAAGAUUUCCACUGCUGCUGCCGGCCUGCUGUUUGCUUUCUGCUCUCCUAGCUUCAUUUUUCAGCUGCUGCUGGUUUUUCUCUGUAUAUUUAGGCUUCUGGCUCUUACAACUACAAGAUGACUUCAUAUUACUACUGUCUUUGCUCUUUAGGUAGUGUAUCUUACAUUGCCUAUACUGAGAUCUUUG